CACGUGCUGUCAAAUUACCUCCCUUGAACGAAACUAUAAAUGCAUGUAUCCAGGGCUAGCAUCAACAGAAUGGAGGACCUGUACCAGAUUCUUGGGUGUGUUUCCACGGCAAGCACCAGUCAGCUGCGCAAGGCUUAUCAGGACUUGGCAUUAAAACAUCACCCUGACAAGAGCCCUGCGGGGACAUCAGCCGAGCAGUUUGUAAAGAUAAAUAGAGCCUGGAAAAUACUGGAAGAUCAUGAUUUGAGGCAGAAAUAUGACCUCAAAUGGCAGGAGCGAUGCUUGGCACAAACUUACCCGAUACAAGAUACAGUAGACUUUGAUGAAUUUGAAGAAGUAGUUGAAGAAGAGGAAGGUUUCAGUUCUGCAGAUAGUAUAGACAUAAAGGAUGGAGGACUUGCAAAUCUUGUUGACACUGAUAACAAAAUUAGAGAAAAUCAUGAUAGAUGUUCCUUUAAUGAUACCAGAAAUUUGGCUGAAUUAGAUGUAAAAGUGAUCAAUGCAUUUCCAGUGGAAACAACAAUCACUGGGCAGGUAAAAGAUGGGCCAGUUAGUCUGAUUGAUGCAGAGAGGAAGAAUGAAAUUAGCCAUUCUUCAACAAGAAAAGUGCAAAAAUGUAGCAGUGUCUAUGUUUUAGAAUGUAGAUGCGGAGGAAGCUACAUGUUGACGUCGGUUGACUUGAAGUUGAAAUUCGACAUUGUGUGUUGUGACUCCUGUUCCUUGUCAGUUAGAGUAGUGUAUCCAGAUGAUGAUGAUGAAUCGGUAAUGACAGAAGCUCAGUAAAUGCU